AGUCGGAGCGUGGCAAUCAGGGAAGGGGUACUUUGUUCACUGGAGUCGGAUAUGAAAACGUGACACCGUGAGCUGAGUCAGGUCAUUUAAAGCAGGUCACAGCUAAAUAUAUCCCAGACAGCCGAGGACCCCGCAAAACAAAAAUCACACGGGCUUCAAAACUAGAGUGCUCGAGGGGGUGCCUGUUCAGAUCAACAGAAAUGGAUGACUUGGAGCAGGAGGGAAUAAAUGAUGAACUUAUUGAGUUUGCCAUUCGAGAGAGCAUUCAAGAUGCCUACAAGCUGCCACAUUCAAUACAAACAAACAGGAAAGCACCAAACAGUGAAGACUUCCUGAAGAUAAUGGCAGCCAUUCACAAAGGUGAUGUGUACACUCUGCAGGAGCUGUCAGGUUGUGCGUCUGCCUUCAGAGAGAGCGACAGCAGGGGCCGGCUGCCUCUGCACGCAGCAGCUGUGCAACCACAGCGAGACGUCCUGCAUGUGGUGCUGCAGGCGUCUGUGUCCACAGAGCUGACCCUGGAGGAGCAGACAGAGGACGGGGACACGUCUCUGACUCUGGCUGCGGAGGCCGGCCUGGUGGAGAACGUUAAGAUGCUGCUGCAGCACGGAGCUUCACCUCACAACACCAACAGCAGGAACGAGUCUCCUCUGCUGAUCGCAGUAAGACAGGGAUCGUACAACAUGGUUUUAUCCCUCAUCAUGGGUGGGGCCUUUGUGGAGCAGGUGUGUCUCAGCAAGUGGACGGCCACCCAUGAAGCUGCAAAGGUGGGUUGUCCAGCUAUUCUGAUGCUGCUGCUUCGACAUGGAGCCAAAGUAACCACCAGGGACGGUCAUGGGGUGACUCCUCUUGGGAUCGCGGCUGAACACGGCAACACUGAAGCUUUGGAUAUACUCAUAGAGCAUGGUGGUGACGUGAACGCCCAGGCCAGCAAUGGAGACACAGUCCUGUACGACGCAGCUGGAUCUGAGAACCUGGACAGUGUCGAGCUUCUUCUGCAGCAUGGAGCCAACCCGAGUGUGGCCAGCUACGCCUUCCAGCUGCCCAUCCACAGGGCUGCAUAUGAGGGACACGUACUAGUCCUAAAGACUCUCAUCCCCAUCACCACAAAGAGAGCUAUCCGACUCUCAGGUCAGGACCCCAUCCAUUCUGCAGCUGACGGGGGACAGGUUGAGUGUCUGGAGCUCCUUAUCCAGAAAGGACAUGAUGUCAAUGCCUUGUUAGGCACGCACAUCUCUGAGAACUACGGCGACCUCAGGAAGUCUCCUCUGUACUUUGCCAUUUCCAACGGCUAUACGACCUGUGCUGAGAAGUUGCUGGAAGCCGGAGCGAGAACUGACCUGGACCCGCUACAAUGCAUCCUGGUUGCUAUACGAGCUGAGAGGUAUGAGCUGGUGCAGCUGUUGCUGUCCUAUGGAGCAGAUGUGAACUGUUACUUCAGACUGAUCACCAACACAGUGUUCCCCACAGCUCUGCAGUACUGCCUGACGGACCAUGUCAUGCUGCGGCUGCUGCUCAACAGUGGAUAUCAAGCUCACAAGUGUUUCCAGUGUUUCCAUGGUAAUGGUGAAGAAACAGAUAGUACCUGGAUUGACCUCCAUAAUCAAGCCUACCAGAUUUACAGUCAACCUGACAUCAUCACAUUCUGUGAGUUUGUGUCAGUGUCAUGGCUGGCACAUCUUGUUGGCAGCAUUGUAAGGACGCUCCUGGACUACGUCAGCUACAUCAGCAUCUGUCCCAACCUCAAACGCAUCCUGAAGAAGACGCCCGAGUGGGAUGAAAUCUCUGACAUACUGCGCAAGCCACGGUCUCUGCAGCACUUGUGUCGGCUGGUAAUUAGAGAUCACAUGCAGCUCAGGACGCUGAAUGACCCUAAAGCCAUGGCUGCUGUCCCUUUCCCUCCAAGACUGAAGAACUAUGUGACCUACAGAGACUUUGACCUGUAUGGUCACCUCUCCUUGACGUGAAACACAUUUUUUUGUACGCACUAAAUUGGAAUAUAUUUUCUUUUUAUAUAGUUUUAUAUACUAUGAGUGUCUUGCAGUGUCAGACAGUGACUACCACUUCCUUUAUGUGUCACAAAAGAAGGCUUGAACAAUUGAAAUGCCACUUUUCUUUAUGCCGUUUACUUAUUUUACGUCUCAUACGGCACAGAGAGAGGGUGGGGGGCGGGACAGACAGGGAGAAAGUGAGUGACAGAAACAGUAAAAAAAAACAAAUGCUAAAAGAAGAAAACAGGACACAGAGGAAAGUAGUAUAGCAGAAAGUUAUUCAUGUACUGUUUCUAUUCCAUUGCAAACCACACAAUGCAUGUAUGACAUAUGACAUAGAUGUCCCACAAAUCUUAAAUGCCCCAUGCACCCACACAGGUGUUUUUCACUUGUUGCUAAUUAGACCUGUGCUCUAGGAGAAUUUAGGCAGAAACAUCUCCAAGAUCACCAAAUUACGGCAACCAAUCAGAGAUUGCAUCCUGAAAAGAGGUAGGCAGGCAUCAGGCAGGUUAAGUGAAAUCACCUGUGUGGGUGGACAUUGUUCUCACUUUCUGCUGGCAGCGAUCAAUGUGGGGUUUGAAAAUGAUAAAAAAAAGUUACUUAAAUAUAACGUGUAUGUGUUGGUGUUUUCUUAUAUUGCAAUAAUCUCUUGCAACCUUUGGAUCUGAAUGCACUUAAAUUGAAAUCACCAAAGCAAUGUAAGUGUGCUCUGUGUUACUAUAGCCACUGGUUGAAUAUAAACACAACUUGUCACUCAACACUUAGCAGCAGAUUAAAACAAACAGAACUAUAAGCGGUUUUAAAAAGCCCUUAAUGAACUCCGCAUAAGUCCUGUUGU